AUGGGGUGCAAAACUCUAUGCUUUGGACUGACUUGCAUUCUCUUUGCUUAUUAUAUUUAUACACCGUUACCAGAAAACAUUGAAGAACCUUGGAAAAUACAGGUCAUCGAUGCUCUUAUAAAAACUACUUCACUUACGGCUAUAUUAUUGGAAAAUAUGGGUCUUAUUAGAUAUGAGGAACUUUUUUCCCUAUUGCUGAAACUGGACUAUACAGCACCAAUUUCAGAUGAAAACAUUACGGUGAUGGAUACAAACUUUACUGACAUUCCAGUGCGUUUGUACUUGCCAAAGAGGAAGUCAAAAAGCCAGAGACGGGCUGUAAUUUUUAUUCAUGGUGGUGCCUUUAUUUUGGGAAGCUGCAAACAAAUGUCUUGGGACUUCCUGAAUAGAUGGACAGCAAAUAAACUUGGUGCUGUUGUUGUGGCAGUAGACUAUAGGCUAGCUCCUCAAUAUCAAUUUCCUGUUUCCCAUGAAGACGUCAUUUCUGUGGUCAAAUUCUUUCUACAGGAUAAAAUUCUUGCAAAAUAUGGAGUGGAUCCUUCUAGAAUCUGUAUUUCAGGUGACAGUUCUGGAGGUAUAUUGGCAGCAGAAGUUACUCAACUGGUACAAAAUGAUCCAGGAUUCAAAAAUAAAGUUAAAGCACAAGCUUUAAUUUACCCUGGCUUACAGUUGGUGGACACUUUAAUGCCAUCUCACCGAGAACAUGAGCAUGGCCCAAUUCUGUCAAGGGAUAUGGCAAUUAAAAUGGGAUGCCUGUACUUGACCAAGGAUAAAGCACUGCUCGAGGCACUGAGAGAAAAUCAACAUAUGCCCCACGGAUCAAGACACUUGUUCACGUUGGUUAACUGGAGUACUCUCCUUCCUGAAAAAUAUAAAAGGAAUCACAUAUAUACUGAACCAAUUAUUGGAAGAUUUAACUUUUCAUAUCCAGGACUUUUGGAUAGCAGGUUAUCACCCUUGUUAGUCAAUGAUUCCCAAUUACAAAAUUUGCCACUAACGUAUAUCCUCACCUGUGAACAUGAUAUCCUAAGAGAUGAUGGACUUAUAUAUGUCUCACGACUUCAAAAUGUUGCAGUUAACGUUUCUCAUGACCACAUAGAGGAUGGGGUCCAUGGAGCAAUUUCAUUCAUGACAAUACCAUUUUAUUUACGUGUAGGCAUUAGAAUAAGAGAUAAGUACAUUAGUUGGCUAGACAAAAACCUAUAA